CCCAAAAUCUCACCGACUGGACUUCCGGUCUACAAUUUGUAAACACAACAAUUUAAGACCUUAAAACAACUCAACCGAACGCUUCGAAUUUGCGACACAAACUACAUUUUUGUUCGUCGGAAAAGGGUGCGGAGAGCUCUUUUCGUGACGUGACGUCAAAUUUCAACCAGACUUUUUUUUUUUUGUACAGACUCCGAAGAAAGGAGAAAUCAAGCUAGCGGUGUCGUCGAGUGUGUGUCCGUGUGUGCUUGUCGCUCAUGCCGCUGUCACUUCAAUGGGGAACUGCCUGUUUUCUCAAGGAGCGGAUGAUCUGUCUCUGCUGAACGAGUCGGAGGCGGGCAGCCUACCUGGAGAGCCACCGCCGCCUUACCAGGAGCGCCAGCAGCCCGUGCCCGCGUACCAUCCCACCCUGGGAGAGAGGCGCUUAGCCAGUCAGCUGAGUGAGGAGGAGCAGGUGCGCAUCGCCCAGCGCAUCGGGCUCAUCCAUCACCUGCCGCGAGGCAUCUUUGACCCAGGCUCUGAUUCUUCUGACCGCAAAGUUAAAGAGUGUGUGAUCUGCAUGGUAGACUUUGAGUACGGCGACCCGAUCCGGUUCCUUCCGUGCCUGCACAUCUACCACUUGGACUGCAUCGACGCCUGGCUCAUGCGCUCCUUCACCUGUCCGUCCUGCAUGGAGCCCGUCGACGCCGCGCUGCUCGCGACCUAUGAAGCCAACUAAGCGCCCCCCCCUCCUCCUUGCUCACAAAUACCCCUUUCCAUGCUGACCACGUAAUGACCGCACCUUAUUUGCCCAAACUGCUCGCUGCUGUUCACAGGCUAUAUUCUCUCUUUUUCUAGUGGGACAGUGUGCCAAAUGGAACUAGAAGAAAUACGUACAUGUGCGUUUCCCAUAAUUGGUUUUACUUUAAUAUCGCCUCAAAAACUGUUUAAGUUAGCUUUGAUGGCACUGAAGUGUCAAAAAUAUCACUGAAAAGUGCAAUACGCAAUAGAUUUUAGAAUUUAGGAUAAACCUUACGAUUAAAUACUCAACAGGAAUAUCAAUUUUUGUUUUUCAUUUCCCAGUUGAGAUUAGUUAAUUAUGAGUGUGAUAUUAGACAAACGAAUUAUGAUCACUUAUACCAAGUGUGUUGCGUUUCUUUUGAUUUGUAAACAAUGCCGUUUUGUCAAGAGCACAAUAAAAUAAUAAUACGGCACCUUUGAAAUAUAGGAAAGAGUAAUUGGACCAGUCAAAGCAAUGAUACUUUUAUUCUUGUAAUGUUUUGACACUUUCCCUUUUGACAGUAACGAGUUACCUUUU